CGCCGAACAAUCAUGACCUGACUGUGGUGUCGAACAACCCUGCGAGAUGGCGUCGGAGGAAGGCACGGUGACAAAGCUGUUUGCCGGCUUCCUGUGUGUGUGCUGCUGGCUCCAUGGUGCCACUGUGGGUGUCGCUGUGGGGGACGCGCUGGACUUGGCUCAGUUUUUCAUGCUGUCUUUGGGGGUGUGCUUCUCCAUCACGGCAAUCUACCCAACUUCGCGCCGCCUCGCCGCCUCGAUUCUUUUUCUCGCGUGCGCGGUGUUUCUGAGCUCCCUCGUCAAGUCCCUCGUGUUCUUUCGCACACCGAAUCACUCGAAUGCCGUGCUUCCCGACAUCGGCCACGACUUCUUGCCACCGAUUCCGAUCCCGCCGCAGGUUCUCCUCGUCCUCGUGUGUACCGCGACGGCAGUGUUCAUCGCGUUCCACCCGUCCAAAAUGAUCAUAAUGCGUCGCUUACUUCUCAUCUAUGCGUCCCUCAUCAUGGCGCGCACCGUGUUGGCUCUCAUGACGUUCCUCCCCGACUCCAACCCGACAUGCCUCGCCGAGGAGAAGAGUGUCAGUGCCAAGGAAGUCGUGCAGCAUUUUCUCGUGUCCCGACGAGGGUUUGUGGAGUGGUUCGACCACCAGCGCAACACGUCGCUGCACGGGUGCCGCGACUCGAUCUACUGCGGCCACUCGACGCUCCUCGUGCUCUGUGGAAUGACGUGGCACACGUACUACCACCGCGUGGAAGCACCGGUGAACGUCGUCAAGUCUGUCGUGUGGAUCUUUGCCAUCCUAGCCAUGGUGAGUUCGUUGGGAAGGCGCGAAACCUACACGCUGGAUGUUGUUUUGUCAACGUAUUUCGCCGUCACGACGUGGGCCACGUACCAUCGAUUGGCGAACGAUGUCCUGACAGGUACUCGAACGAUGGGCAGCGCCAUGGAUCGACGUGGGUCGCCAUCAUGGACCCGAGGGCAUUGAAUCGGUGUAGGCCAUGUUUUCACGAGCGUGUGGUUAAUCGACAAGAUGGUCGUGUACCCUUUGGUCGAGUGGAUGGAGGCGGAAGGAGGGCCGAAGACGCCGAAGGCAAACAGGAGCGUGCGGCUGUACCGACGUGAUACGCAAGACCACGACGAUGCGGCGGCCUCCGUGCCCCGCAAGAAGAAUACGUUUCGAACAAGCGAGUAUUAGCAUCGAUCAGUUCCUGAAUGGUAUUUUUUACCUUUUUAUGCAAUUUUAUGAUCAAUACCAAAUAAAAUUGGAUAAAAGAAAUCAA